UUAGAACUUGUAGAUGUAUAUUAGAAAAAUUAGUGAAAAAUAAUGUGACAAAAUACAAAAAGAAAAGAGAUUUUAUGGGGGUAUAUGGAGAGCCCUCUCAUUGCUGAAGCUCUUAGUCCUUUAUCCCCCGUUCCCCACCACAUCUAUUUACCCUUUAUUUCUCCAAACAACCCUAUAAACAUCCCAACAAGGGUCACAUGCCCAAUUCAUUUUGUCAAACCCAUAAAACAAAUCACCCACCCUUCACUCUCCCUCCCCCACACUUCCCAAAAUCUGAAUCAUGUAUCGCCGCCUCUUAAGCCACCUUUCCCAACUCUCCACCGACGAAAACCACCAUUUACUUCACUGGCAUUACUCCGAAUUCGACGAUCACAACUUCCAAAUCCAUGGCCAAACCCUCUUUUACCUCUUUAUACUCUUCUCCAUUAUACUUCUUGUUACUCUUCUCUUACUCUACGCGCGUUGGUAUUUCCGUUUCCGACAUGUCCACCACGCGCACUACCCUCACGUGCCUCACGCGCCGUCGUCACGUGCUGUUGUUUGUCGUGGGUUAGAUCCUGUAGCGAUCAAAUCUAUGCCGAUAAUUCUUCAUCAAAGAUCGACGGUUGGUAGGGAAGAUGAAAUGGAAUGUUGUAUUUGUUUAGGUGUUUUUGAAGAAGGCGAUAAGGUUAAGGUUUUGCCUAAAUGUGACCACAGAUUUCACUCGGAUUGUGUAGAUCGGUGGCUCAGUACUCAGUCGAGUUGUCCGCUUUGUAGACUGUCUUUCCGAGUUGAAUCGGCUACUGACUCAGUAGUAUUAGAACAAGUGUGAGUUUCUUUUUUUGGUUUUGAAUCGAGAGAAUUUCCCACUUGUUUUAAUUUGUGGGUUUGGUAGAGGAAGAUCUUGAAGCAACCCAUAUUCACAAAAAAUGUGAUUUUGUGGCUGUGAAUUUUUCUUUUUUUUUUAAUAAUAUUUUGUAAAAUGGGAAUAAAUUAAUUAAUUUAGAGCUUUUUUUAAAAAAUUAUUUGGUUGUAUAUUAAUGGAAAUCAAACAAUUUUGCAGCUCUUUUAAUUAUAGACAAUAUCAACCUUUGUAGUAUUAUUCCUAACUAGAGAAUUUUAUUCUUAUUAUCAAUAGUUAUUUUUCUAAAUUAUUUUAUAUUAUUGCCUAAAUUUUCCAUUCAUUUUGAGCGAAUUACGAAUUAAUUUAUAAAAUUAAAUAUUAAAUUAUGUUAGCAAAUUACGAAUUAUAAAAUUGAUUCUAGUGCCUUUCAAGGUCUAACCA